GGGAUUUUAGCUAACCCUAACACAUUUCUCUUAACCUGCUACGUUACUUCACCUAACCUGCUAGUAGCAGGCUGCUACGCAAAGUAUAUUUUGACAUAAACUGUCUAACUUCUAGACAAAACCCUCGCUGCUGACUGUGAACCUUGUUAUCCCGAUCAUCUUGAACAUGCGCAGAAAAAGCUCAAAUCUGACGUUUGAGGAAGUUAGCUGCUAGCAACAAGCUAACUUCAAAACAACAUGUUGUGGAGCACACAGCAGGCAUUGAAAUGGUUCCAUCAAAUCUUGGGGAAGAAAUGUCUACUGAAGUAACGUUGCCACCUGAGUGGGAGGACGAUGAACGGAUGAAUUUCCUAUUCUCCGACUUCAAAGAAAACCGAGAUGUCAACACAAAAGAUUGGGACAGUAAACUUGAUUUCUGGACAUCACUCAUUCUUAAAAUCUGCCGAAGUCGCGGAACCGUCUGUUUUAAUUUGCAAGAGUUGAACAAGAUUUUUCAGAGAAAAGGCUUUGUACCUUUGGGUUUGGGUACUGUCAUUCGGUGCAUGGCUAGGUGCGGCAAGAUACAAAGAGAGUCAGAGUUUGCAGCAAAUGUGGACUGUGGGUGGGUGUCUUGGGGUUUUGGCCUGUUGCUGGUGAAGCCUUUAAAAUGGACAUUUUCAACUCUUCUGGGUAGCAGUGGGGUUACUUUGGAGGAGUCGUUUGUUGUCAUUGAACUGGUAAAGGAAAAGGCAGCAGAAUUGCUUGGUGUCUACUGGAGUUCCCCAGUGGCCAACUGCUCUCUCCUGUCCUUCCAGGAGCUCCAGACACUGUCGUCCCAUGUCUGUAUUGAUGAGAGUACCCUGUGUAUGGCUCUGCUACAGCUGCAGAGGGAGAAGCAGGUCACAGUAUCACUGCAUGAAGGCGAGAAGAUUGUUAAGUUUUCUCAGCCAGGACAGGACCGUGUGUCUUCAGUCAAUGAUGUGGACCUAGGCAUCUAUCAGCUACAGCGCAGUGAGAGACUGCUUGAAGUUCGGGUGGAGGCAUUGGGUCUAGAGGCAGAGAAGUGCAAAGAAGAAGCUAGGGUGUUGCUACGCGAAGGGAAGAAAUCUCAGGCCCUGAGGUAUUUGAGAAGCCGAAAGAGAGUUGAGAGGAAAGCAGAUGGCUUAAAUGCCCAGCUAGAGAAUGUGAAGGGAAUCUUGGACAGGAUAGCAAACUCCGAGACGGACAAACUGGUGAUACAGGCAUAUCAGGCUGGAGUGUCAGCCCUGCGACUCUCUCUGAAGGAUGGGACUGUAGAAGGAGCUGAGAGCCUUGUGGAUCAAAUCCAAGAGUUGUGUGACACUCAGGAUGAAAUGAACCAAACUCUGGCUGGUGGAGCGCUCAACUCAACGGAUGCCGACACAGACGAGCUGGAGGAUGAGCUGAGAUCUUUAUUGGAGAACUCUACUCUGGAUAGGCCUUCCACACUUCCUGAAGUACCGUCACACCCUCUUUCACCUGUCAGGGAAUCUGGUUCCCUUUGUGAUGAUCUGCUGUGUGCUUUGCCCUUAGUCCCUCAAAGCCUCUUCAAUAUCACAGAUGAGGAACUGGACAAAGAGCUGAGCCGUCUAACACUUGCAGAUACAUGUCUUCAACAAAAAGAUUGUACCGAGCCAGUGAAGAGGGCUGAGUCUGCACAGUGACAACACUAAUACAAGAAGUCAACUGCAAUAUUACCCGGACCCUCUGUGUUUGGGCACAGUGAUAAAAAAAAGUGUGAUCUGUCUUUUGUAACAUGCUUAUUGAUGUCUCUGAUCACUGUCAUACCCUUUUAAAAUGUAUUUAUAAGUGGCAUUUUUUAAGUUUAUUUAUCAUUCACUAAUAAAGAUAUCGGUAACAAUCAUGAUGCCAAAUUAUAAAGCCGCUAUUUCAGAUUGACUGUAAUGAGGUUGGGUUGUAUGAUAAUAACUAUGCCAAAUACAGUGCAUUUGGUUUAGUAUUCAGACCCUUUGAUGUUUUCCACAUUUUGUUACAUCACAGCCUUAUUCUAAAAUGUAUUAAAUUAAUUCCCCUCAUCAAUCUACAGACAAUAUGCCAUAAGGUGAAAGUGAAAAUGUUUGCAAAUGUACACUGCUCAAAAAAAUAAAGGGAACACUAAAAUAACA